AUGGAUAAGUCUUGGAUGCUUAUUGAAGAUAGAUUGCAUUCCCCUGAGUAUGAUGAAGGUGUUAGACAAUUCUUAGCCAUGGCACAAGCUCAUGCAGCGACAGCUGAUCAGAUUAGGUGUCCAUGUAGGAGAUGCCGGAAUAGAGCUUUUCACUCUAUUCGUAUCGUGGAAGAUCAUUUGUUUUUAAGAGGGAUUGAUCCAACGUAUACAGAAUGGAUUUUCCAUGGAGAAGAGGAUCCGAUACUGAAUUCUACAUUCUCCGAUGAAGAAGAUGAUGUAGCAUCCUCUUACAAUCACUAUAUUGAUGAUGUCGACGAGAUGUUAGACGACAUUCGUCAUGGGUCGUUUAUGGAUGAGGAAGGUAGCAAUGGAAGAAAUGCAAAUGAUAAUUAUCAACCCUCCACCUUUAAUGCUCCAACCGACUAUAACUUCGACGAGUUGGUUGCUGACGCACGACAACCACUUUAUCCCGGAUGUGCUAAGUUCUCGAAGCUAUCAUUCAUCGUCAAGCUACUUCACAUCAAGAGCAUAGGUGGUUGGACAGUGAAGUCCUUUGACAUGGUGAUCAAGCUUUUGCACGAUGCAUUUCCCGACGCUCUAUUUCCAAAUUCAUAUCACGAUGCUCGUCGCUUAGAGCGUGGCUUGGGAUUUAAUUAUGAAAAGAUACAUUUGUGCCCAAAUGACUGUGCGUUGUUUUGGAAGGAAAAUGCAUCAUACAAUGAAUGCCCUAAAUGUAAAGCAUCUAGGUGGAUUGCAAGCACAAGUGACCAGCAGAUGAUACCACAAAAGGUUCUUCGAUACUUCCCCUUGAAGCCGCGCUUGCAGAGACUGUUUAUGUCAACGAAGACAGCCCAAGCCAUGAGAUGGCAUAAAGAUGCACGUGUUGACGAUCCAACAUCCAUGCGACAUCCAGCAGAUUCAAGGGUAUGGAAAGACUUCGAUAACAAAUAUGUUGCCUUUUCCCAUGAUCCUCGCAAUGUUAGGCUUGGGUUGGCGAGUGAUGGGUUUAACCCCUUCAAUAACAUGAGUAGGCCGUACAGUAUUUGGCCGGUACUACUUGUGCCCUACAACUUGCCCCCUUGGUCAUGCAUGAAAGAUCCAUACACCAUGUUGUCGUUGCUAAUCCCUGGCCCUAAGUCACCAGGGAAUGAUAUUGAUGUGUUCUUGCGUCCUCUUGUCGAUGAGUUGAAGGAAUUAUGGGAAGAGGGUAUUCGGACGUUUGAUGCGUACAGUGGACAAAUGUUUACCUUGCAUGCAGCACUACUUUGGACUAUCAAUGACUUUCCUGCAUACGCCAAUCUUUCUGGCUGGAGCACGAAAGGCAAGUUGGCUUGUCCUUCAUGUAGAGAAGAUACAAAUUCACAAUGGUUGGUAUAUGGGCGAAAGCAUUGCUAUAUGGGGCAUCGACGGUGGUUGCCACCAGAUCACAGUUUGAGACGCAAAAAGAACUCUUUUAAUGGGUGCGAAGAGCAUGGACUCCAACCAUCAAGGGUCGAGGGAGAGGUUUUGCUAGAACAAUUACGUGAAGUUACACAUUUCCAGUUUGGCAAAUUUGGUUUGAAGAGGAAACGAACGCCGAAUCAACUAAAUUGGACCAAAAAAUCUAUCUUCUUUGAGCUUCCCUACUGGUUAGAUUUGGGCUUGAGACAUAACCUUGAUGUCAUGCAUAUUGAGAAAAACAUAUGCAAUAGCGUGUUGGGAACAUUGCUGAAUAUUGAAGGAAAAACUAAGGACUCCGCAAAUGCCCGUCGUGAUUUGGCAAACCUUGGAAUAAGGAAAGAAUUGCAUUUACAGCAUGAUGGGGACCAUAUUACUAUGAGUCUUGGUUGCUACACGUUAAACUUAAAUGAGCGAAGGAUUUUUUGUGAUUGGUUAUCAAAAGUGAAAUUUCCUGAUGGUUUUGCAUCGAACAUUGCCCGUUGUGUGAAUGCUAGUGACGGGAAGAUUAGUGGAAUGAAAAGCCAUGACUGUCAUGUCUUCUUGCAAGCACUGUUGCCGGUUGUGAUUGGUGGGUUCUUACGGCCUGAUGUGCGUCAAGCCUUAAUAGAUUUAAGCUCGUUCUUCAAAGAAUUAUGUUCUCGCACUUUGAACUUAUCAGUGUUGACAUGUCUUCAAGCUAACAUUCCCAUCAUUCUUUGCAAACUAGAAAUGAUAUUCCCUCCAGCUUUUUUUGAUAUCAUGGUGCACCUUGCCAUUCACUUGCCAGAGGAGGCAUUCCUGGCAGGACCCGUGCAAUACAGGUGGAUGUACCCUUUUGAAAGGUAUCUAGGGAAGUUCAAGAGGUAUGUCCGCAACAGAGCUCGGCCAGAGGGCUCAAUUGCUGAGGCAUAUGUGCAUCUCGAGUGUCUUACAUUUUGCUCUAUGUACCUCCAUGAUAUUGAGACUAGAUAUAAUCGCGAGGAACGCAACAAUGAUGUUCGUAUUGGGACAACUGAGUCGGGAAAUGAGCCAAGUUUAUCUGUUUUCUCACAAAAGGUUAGACCAUUGGGAACAGGAAGUUCUCACAAAUUAGCCGACACACUAUUGGUCAAGGCUCGAUGGUAUAUACUUAAUAAUUGCACGGAGAUUGAGCAAUACAUUGAGUAA